AUGAAGUUCCUGAAGCCCGGGAAGGUGGUCAUCCUUCUCAGCGGCCGCUACGCCGGCAAGAAGGCCGUCAUCGUGAAGAACUACGACGAUGGCACCAGCAGCCGGCCAUACGGCCACGCCUUGGUGUGCGGCCUGUCCAAGGAGCCCCGCAAGGUGAUCAAGCGGUCGUCCCAGAAGACCCAGGCCCGCCGCUCUAGCAUGAAGACCUUCAUUAAGGUGGCCAACUACCAGCACAUCAUGCCCACCCGCUACACCCUGGAGGUGGAGCUCAAGGGCGUGGUGACUGCCGACUGCAUCGACAACAGCACCAAGAAGGUGGAGGCCAACAAGGAGGCCAAGGCGCUGCUGGAGGAGAAGUUCAAGAGCGGCAAGAACCGUUGGUUCUUUGCAAAACUCGCGUUCUGAGCGAUGGAUUCGCAGCAGCAGGCGUGUCAUGUUGUUAGCCCCCGCACAUGUAACGUCACACCCAGCA